GGUGUUAGCAGCUAUGCCUGACAAAGGGCUUAAUUAUUAAUUUUCCUGACACUUAAAAAAGAAUAAGAAGAAAAUGGGCAUUUUGACUAGAAAUUAAAUUAAAGGGUGGUCGUUAACCUUUGCAUAAUUGCUACUGUGUUGUUCUAUUCAAAUAUUUUUCUUCUGUGACAAGCGACAAAUGCCACUGUUACGAUUUAAUUGAAUUGAGUGUGCUAAAACGAUUAGCCAUGCCUGUAGCGAUUUGGUCCUGCGAUGUACUAGUUAGACUGGUGUAUCAGCAAAAACAUUCCCCAUUCAAAGUGCAUCGUAUCCUUGUCAAAGGGAGCAAUGAAGGUGAAGGUUAUUUCAAUUUUGGAGGACAACUACAUGUACCUGGUAAUAGACGAACAAAGUAGAGGAGCUAUUGCUAUAGAUCCUGCCGUACCUCAGCGGCUCCUUGAAAUAGUCACAAGGGAAGGAGUAACGCUUACGGCAGUGUUAACUACUCACCAUCACUGGGACCAUGCACGAGGGAAUGAAGCCUUGCUGAAGGAGCUCCCUGACUUGCGUGUAUAUGGAGGAGAUGACCGCAUCGCAGGAUUGACCAACAAAGUCACCAACGGCCAAGAGCUUAAGUUUAAUUCUGUGAAUGUGAGGUGUCUGUUCACCCCUUGCCAUACCUCUGGACAUAUGUGCUAUUUCAUGUGGGAGGAUGACUGCACGGAUUCCCCGGCUGUGUUCACUGGGGACACGCUGUUUGUGGGGGGUUGUGGGAGAUUUUUUGAGGGAACAGCAGAGCAGAUGUACCACAACCUGAUUGAGGUCCUGGGAACUCUGCCUCAUGAUACGAAAAUAUUUUGUGGUCAUGAAUAUACCAUAAAGAACCUGAAGUUUGCGUUGUUGGUGGAACCAGAGAACAAGAGAGUAAAGGAAAUGCUUAGCUGGGCCAGGGCUAGAGAUGAUGACGACAAGCCGACAGUACCAUCAACGUUACUGGAGGAAUUUGAAUACAAUCCAUUUCUCCGUCUCUCUGAGGAGGGUGUGCAGAGGUUCACAGGGAAGAAAGAUCCAAUUGAGGUUCUCCAAGUGCUACGGAAAGAGAAGGACAACUUUAAGAAGCCCAAAGAGAGAGUUCUUCCACAUGCCAUGCUUGCUCUGGAAUGGGGUCUGCUCAGGCCAUGAAAACCUAUAUGGAGCACUGGAUUACUGGGAUCAAGAUAUGUAGGACCAGAGAGUAUUUAAAAUAGUGUUAUAGCCAGAGGUGUCUCAUCAAUCAUAUGAGGGACAGAAAAUGUUAGCAUCUAGGCUAACAGGAAAUGAUGUCAUAGUUUUUACUUUUGAAACCUGUAUGCAUUAACAUACUGUGCACUAAUAAUUGUAUCACUAAUUUUACAGAUUCAUUUUUGUGACACCAAUUUUUGCACCUUUUCACAGGGAAGAAGGAAGCACUUAUUUCAGAUAUGCCUAUUUUAUGCUUGUUUACACACUUAUUUUUGCACGAGUACUUAAAUCAAUGACACUGUAAAUAGUGUACAAAAAAUAAAAUCCAGAUUUUUUUUAAUUUACUGAUGCCUGCUUAGGGAUCAGUAAACCUUU